UCAACACAAAACGCCUACACUCAGCUAUCCAGCACCUAUCUGCUCUACAUCCAGCAGGGAUUGCAGAUUACGGAAUUAUGUUUUCCAAGGAUUGCAUAUCCGAGAUUCAGGACGUCUAGGAAAACCUUGACGAUGACUGAUGUUACAGAGCUCCAUCAAGCAGCUGCAUUAGGGGAUUAUGACUUAGUAUCUGAUAUACUAAAGAAACAAUUGUAUGACCCAAAUUAUAAAGACAUUGACUGGAAUGAUAGGACAGCACUGCACUGGGCUGCAGCUAAAGGGCAGUCAGAUACCGUCAAGCUACUCAUAGAGUAUGGUGCCCGCCCCUGCUUAAGGACAGACAUAGGUUGGACACCUGCUCAUUUUGCUGCAGAAUCAGGAAAGCUUAGUGUGCUGAGAGCUCUCCACACACUGCAUGCUCCUAUUGAUUGUGAAGACUUACACGGGGAUACCCCUAAAAGAAUAGCAGAGAUCUAUGGCCAUAAAGAUUGUGUAAAGUUUCUGGAGACAGCCGAGGUUGAAUGCGCCGAUCACCGACUGACGGCGGAAUUAGAGGGUAAUCCUUUGGAUGAGGAGGAUGAGCAGUGGGAAUUAAAGAAGAGAGAACUUCCGGAAAAUAAGUUUCAAAGAAAUAAAACUACCGACCAAAAACUUUCUCCUCGGCAACAGAUGAUUCGCAACAAUUCCAAAAGCCACCCGGAAAUAACUAAACCGUUAGAUUCACCAUCAACUGUAUACAGAAAAUCAAGCAAAAAAUAAAAAACAAUUGCGCUUGAAUUAAAACAUAAAAAAGUGAAAA